CUGUGCAAAAACUGGGGCGCGACCUAAUUUUGGCUCAUUGCCCUGGAUUCGGUCCAAAAAAGCGAUAACCUCGGCGGGAAAUGGCUUCGAGUUUCGCGCAAUCGGCUACCGUAACCGGCUUGAAUCAGGAAUUAGGUCGCAGUUGGGCGGUCCGUUGUCAACAGGGCCUCGCGGGGCCGACGGAGAGUCAUUCCAGCGGACUCGCGUUUGCUAGGAGGUUGUUCCCGGUCUUCAAGCCUUUCUUCUUUCCUACUUCUUCUCCACCACAACACCAGUCGCAAUGGCUACCGCUAUGAUGAGUCAACCAUCGCGAUUCUCCGUAUACGUCGGAAACAUCCCCUACCAAACCACCGAGGACGCCAUCGGAAACUACUUCAGUCAAGCCGGAAAUGUCACCAACGUCCGAAUCGUCUACGACCGUGAAACCGGACGACCAAAGGGAUUCGGCUUCUGUGAGUUCUCCGAUGAAGCUGGAGCACAAAAUGCCGUCAAUACUCUCAAUGGUGCUGACUUCAAUGGACGAUCCUUGAGAGUGAACUGGGCCAACAAGAACUAAAUCUAUUAUGAUCUCGCUCUCCACAGUCAACACCAUACAACAAAACAUCAGAAGAUCUUUGUCGUUGUAUAAAUUUGACAUAACUUUUGCAUUGAAAUGUCUCAUUUAUUAUUGUUUUCAUGACGGCAAGUAAAACUGUACGAUCACAUG